AUGUCCAAUCUGUAUACUAUUGGCAUCGCCAUCUUUGCCGCCAUCGGCACCUUUCUAUUUGGGUUUGAUACUGGCAUAGCCACAACGACCAUUGCCCAUCCAAGCUGGGUAGAGUACAUGGAACAUCCAAACAAUGGACUUACAGGGGCGGUCGUGUCAGUUUACAUUGCCGGUGAGGCGGUAGGUGCCCUCGUGCAGACGGCCGUUGCCGAUCAACUUGGCCGACUGCGUUUUAUGCAACUCCUCUGCGUCAUCGUCACCAUUGGUACCGUCGUGCAGACCGCGGCAGUCAAUAUGGGCAUGUUUCUCGCAGGUCGAGCGCUCGCAGGUAUUGCUGUUGGCGGCAUGGUGUCUACGGUUCCCAUUUAUCUCACAGAAAUCUCUCCACCCCAUCAGCGUGGCAUGAUUGCUGGCAUCUCAGGCUGCGGCAUCACCUUUGGAACCAUGAUGUCCAACUGGGUUGGCUUUGCUUGCUCUUAUGCACCAUAUGGAGCGGUGCAGUGGCGUCUUCCCCUCGGCAUCCAAGUCCCAUGGGGUAUUAUCUUGUUCAUUGGUCUAGUCACCUUUAUGCCAAAUUCGCCACGCCAACUGAUUAGACAAGGGAAGACUGAAGAGGCGCGUGUUAACUUUAACAAAGUGAAUCGUCAACUUGGCCAGUACGAAGCAGACGAAGAGUUUGCGCUCAUGGUCUCACAGAUCCAGUAUGAGAUGGAGAGGGAGCUGACAUCGUACCGGGACAUCUUCCGGCUCUUCCGUCACCGUGCGCUCGUAUCCAUCGCGGUGCAGACUAUGACCAGUCUCACAGGUGUAAAUGUUAUUCAGUACUACCAAACAAUUGUGUAUAAGACGCUUGGGCUACAGCCAAAAAUGAUCCUCGCGCUAGCUGGAGUCUAUGGCAUUCUCACCUUUGUUUCCAAUGUCUUUACUACGAAAUAUUUAACAGAUCAAUGGGGUCGUCGCAAGAUGAUCUUGACUGGCCUGUCUGGCGUCAUUUUGAUUGAAAUUUACACUGCCGUUAUGCAGCGCUUCUUCCAAGAUACUGACAACAAGAUCGGAAAGGGAUUCACCAUCCUUGGCAUCUACAUCUUCGCCAUUGUAUACUACGGAAUGCUGAAUAGUACAACCUGGCUCUACGGCGCUGAGGUACUGCCUGUCGCCCUCCGAAGCAAAGUCAUGGGACUGGCUUCAGCAUCUCAUUUCAUAAUGAAUGUUGCAGUCACAGAAGCUGGCCCGAGCGCAUUCGCCAACAUCAGGGAAAACUACUACUAUGUAUUUGUCUGCUGCACAUCCUUCUUCCUUGCCAUUGCAUACUUUUUCUUCCCCGAAACACGGCAAAAGCCUCUUGAAGAAAUCGCCGCAUCGUUUGGCGAUUUGGUCGUCGACGGGGACUCCAAGAGUCGACUCCCAAAUGAGAAGGCAGGCGAAGCAAAGGCUGCAUUUUCUGGCACCGCAACGCAUAUUGAACAGUCACAAGCUUAA